AUGACCGAGGACGAGGAGCGGGAGGAGUGGCAAAUGGUCACGUUGCUGGAUCCAUUCAUCCAUCCAGGUUCGGUGAUAAAGCACAGGAUUCUUCCCGUCAUCACCGUGAUACUGCUCUGUUUGAUCCUCAUUGGCGAGCUGACACCUGAUUACACCGUUUGGACGGGCAAGCUUCGCCAGAUGGAUGGCAAGGACUGGACAGGGGCCAUGUUUGUGGGCAUCGGCGAUAUCACAGCGCUACUACUGAUCUAUUCCCCAAUAGACACCAUCUUUACUGUGGUCAUCGAGGGCUCCGUCGGUCACCGCCUGCUGGAGCCCUAUGUCGCCGCCUUGUGUAGCUGUUUCGUCUGGUCCCUCUACGGCCUGUGCGGCGCCAAGAAUAUCAACUUCUCGGUCUUGAUCGUGAACGGCACCGGCUUCAUCUUCUACAGCAUCUACACCAUUGUCAUGGUCCGCAAGGGCAAUGGCAUUGCCUUGGGCGUCCUGCGCGUGGUGGCAGGCGCCGUCCUCACCAUGCUCCUCACCGGCGCCUUCGCCGUGGGCGGCUGCUACCUCGACGCCAGUUAUGGCUGCAACAAGGCGGCAAUCAUCGGCUGGUCAGGGGCGCUACUCAGCUUCGCAAUGUAUCUGAUGCCUGCGAUUCAGAACUUCAUUAACAUCCAGGAGAUGCCCCUCCAGAUGGUGCUUGCGUCUGUGCUCAAUGCGUCUGUGUGGAGUGCCUAUGGCAUCACCAUCGGCGACGAGCGGAUGUCGUCCCCCAACGUCUUCGGCGCCCUCAUCUGCAUGGUCCAGCUGCUGCUCUACUUCUUCAGCAAGCUACGUGCCCAGGGUCCACCGAGAGAGCUCCAGGAGCAAGAAGGGCUUCUGCGAGGCAACUGA